AUGAAGGCGGUAGUGAUGUUGCUGCAUCCAACUUGUCCCCCAUUCUGGAGUUGCGGGUUCCAGAUAGACUAUCAAGCACGAGACAUUGCGACGCUUCAGUGUGACGACCCUGGCACUCCCAGCUACUCCAGCAGAGUUGUGACAGGCUUGUCUGCAGGCGACACCAUCACCUACACGUGUAACCCUGGUUACACCAUGCACGGCAGCGCCACUAUCACCUGUCUCACCGGCAACAGAAGGGUGUGGGACGCAGCGCCACCUAGCUGCCACGCGGAGUGCGGCGGCAACUGGCAGGAUCCGUCAGGUACGAUGCUGUCUCCAAACUACCCCAACCACUACCCCCAUAACCAGGACUGUUACUACACCGUGACGGUGUCUCCUGGCAACUACCUAGAACUGACGGUCAAGGCCUUCCAGACCGAGAGUACACAUGACGUGCUACAGAUACGAGACGGAGGGGAUAGCAGUGCAACUGUGAUUGGUUCGUACAGCGGCACCAGCCUUUCGGGCAAUGACGUCAUCAAGACCACCUCUUACGAGCUGUACAUGUGGUUCAAGUCAGACAGCACAUCUGCGUUCAAUGGAUUCAAGAUCGAAUAUCGAGCUGUGGACAUCAGCCUUCGUCAGUGUGACGACCCCGGGACUCCGACCUACUCCUCCCGCCCACUGUCCACCACCUUCUCCGCCGGACAGUCCAUCACCUACACCUGUGACCCUGGUUACACCAUGCACGGUACUCCCACCAUCACCUGUCUGACUGGGGACCGCAGAGUGUGGACGGCAGCGCCCCCUACAUGCAGCGCUGACUGCGGUGCCGACUGGACCGACUUGACGGGCGCCAUCUUGUCCCCAAACUUUCCCAACGUUUACCAGUUCUCCAGUACUUGCUACUACACCAUCACCGCCCCUUCGGGGUACAUGAUAGCCCUGACAGUGGACGUCUUCUCUACUGAACCCAACUAUGACUUCCUUGAGAUCAGGGAUGGAGGAAGCAGCAGCGCGACGAUGAUUGGUCGCUACAGCGGCGAUGGCCUUUCACCCAACGACGUCAUUCAAAGCACAUCCAAUCAGCUGUGGCUCAAGUUCACUAGCGAUGGCAGCGACUCCAGACAAGGAUAUAGGAUAUAUUAUGAUUCAUCAUAUGUAGACAACAGGCCAUGUGACGACCCUGGCACCCCCACCUACUCCACCCGUGUUGUGGAAGGUUUCGGACCAGGUGACAAAAUCACCUACACCUGUAACCCUGGUUACACCAUGCACGGCAGCGCCACUAUCACCUGUCUCACCGGGGACAACAGGGUGUGGGACGCAGCACCACCUACAUGUAGAGCUGACUGUGGUUCCGACUGGACAGCGCCAACAGGAGCAGUGCUGUCUCCGAACUACCCCGGUACGUACGGCUAUAACCGCAACUGUAUCUACACUAUCAGUGUCCAGCCUGGCCAGGGGAUCAGGCUCACCGUCAGGGACUUCAGAACUGAAGUCAGCGACGAUUAUUUACAGAUCCGGGACGGCAGCCAUUCUUCUGCGACGCUGAUUGGCCAGUACAGUGGAUCACAGUUACACACAGGUGACGUCAUCGAGAGUACGUCCUACCAGUUGUGGUUCAAGUUUUGGGCCGAUACGACAUCCACGUACUCAGGAUUUCAGAUCGACUACGAGGCAUUUGACAUCACAUUGAGAAACUGUGACGACCCAGGUACCCCCAGCUACUCCAGCAGAGUCGUGGAAGGCUUGUCUGCAGGCGACACCAUCACCUACACCUGUAACCCUGGUUACACCAUGCACGGCAGCGCCACUAUCACAUGUCUCACCGGGGAUAGCAGGGUGUGGACUGCAGCGCCACCUACUUGUACAGCUGAAUGCGGCUCCGACUGGACAGCGCCAACAGGAGCCGUGCUGUCCCCGAACUACCCCGGUACGUACGGCUAUAACCGCAACUGUAUCUACACUAUCAGUGUCCAGCCUGGCCAGGGGAUCAGGCUCACCGUCAGGGACUUCGCCACGGAAAGCGGGGACGACUACUUACAGAUCCGUGACGGUAGCCAUUCUUCUGCGACGCUGAUUGGCCAGUACAGUGGAUCACAGUUACACGCAGGUGACGUCAUCGAGAGUACGUCCUACCAGCUGUGGUUCAAGUUUUGGGCCGACACGACAUCCACAUACAAAGGAUUUCAGAUCGACUACGAGGCGUUUGAUAUCUCGUUGCGGUCCUGUGACGACCCGGGCACCCCAAGCUACUCCUCUCGGGUCGUGGAAGGCUUUUCUGCAGGUGACAAAAUCACCUACACCUGUAACCCUGGUUACACCAUGCACGGCAGCGCCACUAUCACCUGUCUCACUGGCAACAGCAGGGUCUGGGACGCUGCGCCGCCUACUUGUACAGCUGAAUGCGGUUCCGACUGGACAGCGCCAACAGGAGCCGUACUGUCUCCGAACUACCCCGGUACGUACGGCUAUAACCGCAACUGUAUCUACACUAUCAGUGUCCAGCCUGGCCAGGGGAUCAGGCUCACCGUCAGGGACUUCAGAACUGAAGUCAGCGACGAUUACUUACAGAUUCGUGACGGCAUCCAUUCAACGGCGACGCUGAUUGGCCAGUACAGUGGAUCCCAGCUUCUCACUGGUGACGUCAUCGAGAGUACGUCCCACCAGCUGUACUUCAAGUUCUGGGCCGAUUCUUCAUCAGCGUACUCAGGGUUUCACAUCGACUACGCGGCAUUUGAUAUCAACUUGCGGUCCUGUGACGACCCGGGUACCCCCAGCUACUCCAGCAGAGUUGUGACAGGCUUGUCUGCAGGCGACACCAUCACCUACACCUGUAACCCUGGUUACACCAUGCACGGCAGCGCCACUAUCACCUGUCUGACUGGAAAUGACAGGGUGUGGAGCGCAGCGCCACCUACUUGUACAGCUGAAUGUGGUUCAGCCUGGACAGCGCCAACAGGAGCCGUGCUGUCCCCGAACUACCCCGGUACGUACGGUUAUAACCGCAACUGUAUCUACACUAUCAGUGUCCAGCCUGGCCAGGGGAUCAGGCUCACCGUCAGGGACUUCAGAACUGAAGCCAGCGACGAUUAUUUACAGAUUCGUGACGGUAUGGAUUCAUCAGCGACGCUGAUUGGCCAGUACAGCGGAUCCCAACUGUCCAUCAAUCAGGUCAUCGAGAGCACGUCUCACCAGCUCUGGUUCAAGUUCUGGGCUGAUUCGUCAUCAGCGUACUCAGGGUUUCACAUCGACUACGCAGCUUUUGACAUCACAUUGAGAGACUGUGACGACCCGGGUACCCCCAGCUAUUCUUCCCGAGUCGUGGAAGGCUUGUCUGCAGGCGACACCAUCACCUACACGUGUAACCCUGGUUACACCAUGCACGACAGCGCCACUAUCACCUGUCUCACCGGGGACAGCAGGGUGUGGAGCGCAGCGCCGCCAACUUGCACAGCCGAGUGUGGGGGUGAUUGGACAGGGCCUAGCGGUGCUGUGCUGUCACCUAACUACCCCCGCUCCUACGGCUACAACCAGAACUGUUACUACACCGUCACCGUGAGCGCAGGAGAGUACAUACAGCUCACGGUCAGGUCAUUCAGGACGGAGGCUUCAGAUGACUAUCUAGAGGUCAGGAAUGGCCUGGACUCGAGCGGAACGCUGAUUGGUCGCUACAGCGGAACGGACUUGUCGGUAGGGGAUGUCCUGAAGAGCACGUCUUACCAACUGUACUUCAAGUUUCACUCAGACUCAUCCUCCAACUAUCAAGGCUUCCACAUAGAUUACCAAGCUGUUGACAUUGGGCUCCUCCAGUGUGAAGACCCCGGGACGCCGACGUACGCCUCCCGACCAGUAGUCGCCACCUUCUCCGCCGGACAGGCCAUCACCUACACCUGUGACCCUGGUUACACCAUGCACGGCACUCCCACCAUCACCUGUCUCACCGGGGACGACAGGGUAUGGAGCGAUGCACCACCGACAUGCACGGGUAAGAGUAAAGUAAUUACCUAUUUGAGUAGCUAG